UUCUGGCGAAGCUUCACCUUAAUUGAAGAUAUCCUCUCAGCCCCGCCCCGCCAACGAGCAUCUCAUGCGACGUCAGCGCUUGCCCUUGGCUCCGAAUCUACGAAUCUACCUCCUGCCCGACGCGAGACCGACCUUUCACUCACCCCGACAUCUACCUAUCUAGCCCCAAUCCGCCAGCCCCUACCUCGCGCGAACAGAGCUCUGCCGGUCCGUCCGUCCGCGAUGCCGGCGAUACGCUCGCACGGGGCCUCGUCGCGGCAGAAGAAGCCGCCGGCGGGGUUCGACGACAUCCGGGACGACCUCGAGGUGUUCGCGAUCAAGAUGAAGGACGCGCAGAACGCACCGCCGACGGCGGGCGGCGGCGUCGCGGCCCCGAAGCACCAGGCGCAGUGGCCCAUCUUCCAGAUCGCCCACCAGCGCAGCCGCUACGUCUACGAACUCUACUACGAGAAGGAGGCCAUCAGCCGCCCCCUCUACGACUGGCUGCUCAAGAACGGCUACGCCGACCCAAUGCUCAUCGCCAAGUGGAAGAAGCAGGGUUACGAAAAGUUGUGUUGCCUGCGCUGCAUCCAGACCAAGGAGACCAACUUCCAAUCGACAUGCAUCUGCCGAGUUCCGAAAGCCCAGCUGAAAGACGAGCAGGACGUCCAGUGCGUCAACUGCGGCUGCCGGGGCUGCGCGUCGAGCGACUGAGAGAGGGAGAGAGUUAGAGUCAGGGGGAUUUUAACAUUUCGUGUAUACGGAUUCGCUGGGCAUCACUUGUGGCAUUACGGCAUGGCGGCAUAGUGGCGGCGUUGGUGGUGGAUUCUCUCUUGGUAAUCGCGGUUGGGAUUCGUUCUACUGGUUUCUAUCAUCAAAC